UCUCAAUAUUCCUACCUUAUGUUUUAUGAAAAUGGCUACUCUUUAUCAUUGCUCGUUUUUUCUCCACGAUGAACCUAAACUUACAAACAAACCCACCAAUCCAAACCAGAAUCCACCAUCUUCCUCUUUCACCACAAACCAACAGAUUCAAAUGCAUUACUGCAAAAGCCACCAACGAAUCAAUUCCACUGCCAACCAUGUCCGAAAUUCUAGAAUCAUCAAAAUCACAAAAACUCGACCUUCACCUCCAAACUCUAGGACCCUUUUUCAGAAUCACAGCAAAGAGUUUGAUAACAGAUAGAGAGCUUGGAAAAGCUGAGGGCUUGAUAAGAAUCUGGUUCGGAAAAGGUAGUAUUCUUCACUUGGACUCUAUUAAACUUCAAAGAGAAACACUUGGCAUGGAAAAAUCAAUCUUUGGACUUGGUUUGUAUAUUGGAGCUGUUGCUAUUCGACAUGGAUAUGAUUCUGGUUGCAAAACUGCACAACUACUUGCUAUCAAUGAUUCUGAUCUUUACCAUUCUAAGUUGAUUAGGUUCUACACAAGACUUGGGUUUAAACCUAUUUAUGAAGUGACUGGCUCAUCUAUUGGGGAUCUAACACACAUGCUUGUUUGGGGAGGAGUUGGUACUCGCAUGGAUGCUAGUGUUGAAGAACUUAUGAUCAAAUGGUGUAAAAGAUUUAAAAAGACAAUGUGAUUUGCUGCUUAUUCAGGUGUACGUGAAAUACCAAACUAGCCCACUAAGAUUCUCAAAAUUACAGUUACAAUGAGGAAUGAGAAGGGCUAUUAUUGAUGUAUAGUUGUAUAUUCUUUCAUUUAUCUAUUGCCAAACUGCGGUCUGCGGAUAUGUAUAUUUACAGAUUCUCUGGCAAAACAGAAGGUAACUGGUAAAGAUUUUGAAGGUAACUAUGCUUUUCUGAUUGAGAAA